UUUAAUGUCUCAUUUUUUGUUCUACAUUGUACAGUUUCCAUUAAAAAAAAAUCCAUAGUUUGGAAAAAAAUGUGUUUUUUUUUUCAAGUGAUGUAUUAUGCCAAAUUUUACUAUAAUACUUAAUUCAAAGAAAUAAAGAGCUCUUCUGAAGCAAUACAACAAUAGAAAUAGCCGUAAUUCAUCUAUAACCAACAAAAAAAUCUGUCUGUGAUAGCAUUGACGUACUAUGCUGGACAAAAAAAUGGGAAACGGCCUUUAUUAGUUGUUAGUAAUGUUCCUGGCAUUUUGAUAUUUUAGAGCUUUCGAAAAGUCAAAUUUGACAUUAAAACCUGCUUUCCAGUGAAUUUUCCGGAAAUGUUAAAAUUUAAUGUCUCAUUUUUUGUUCUACGUUGUACAGUUUCCAUUAAAAAAAUUCCAUAGUUUGGAAAAAAAAUGUGUUUUAUGCAAGUGUAUUAUGCCAAAUUUUACUAUAAUACUUAAUUAUGGAGUGUUUCAAACAUUAAAAAACUUAAUUAAAAACGAAAUUCGACCGCAGAUGGAGCUGCAUUCAUUUAUCAUUACAGUUUUCUAUUUAAUUUUAAUAAUUGACAUUUGACAGUUUUGAUAAUGGAUAGUCUGUGUUUAUUUUAAUUAUUUAUUUUUUACGGUUAGUUAUUUUAUAAUAAAUAUUUCUUUCCUGAACGAAAUGAGAGUGAAAAACUUAUAAUACCGUUGUGAUAUAAUAUCCAUUUAAUUAAUUUAUAAAAAAAACCCAGUGAGACUUAAUGGCAUUGAACACCAUCUUCUUCAAGUGUUUACAUCUGAAAAUGUGCAAUCGUCCAUUGUUUCAAUUCACAAUUAUUUCUCUACAUGUGUGAGAAAUGACAUGAAACACGUGAGCACCCAACUAUUUAUAUAGAAAAAAAAGGGCUUCCACUUGUCCAUUUUGCAUUGUUUUACAACAGAAUGCAACACUUUGAAUUGCUCAAGUAAAAUGGCAGCGUCUGCAACAGCUAUUGAGGAGUUUCUAGGGGGUCCUUUAGUUACCUGGCUUGCAACAUGUGUGAGAAAACCUGAAACGUUACAAGUCUAUGAUACUUUUUUUGAUGGCAGUCCUAUCACAGAAGUGCUCUUACAAAUCGACCCUGAACCGCUACAACCAGUGCCUUCACUUUCAAACUUCCAGGGCGUUAAUAUUACAUUUGCGAGGAUAAAGAUAUUUAACAGCAUUAUUCGAAACAUCAAGAAUAUUUAUGAGGAAGAAUUGGGCCAGAUUGUGAUCUCAUUACCCGAUUGCGUGGCUUUAGGCCGCUCCCCUGCUUCCGAAACGUCAUUAGAACAGUUAAAACUCCUCGUCCUUUUGUUACUUGGUUGUGCCGUCCAAGGCCCCACAAAAGAACAUUUCAUUUUAAAAAUCAAAGAACUUCCCGUUGACACACAACAUGAUAUUGUCGAGUGUAUCAAACAGGUCACUGAUGAUCAAACUAUUGUGCUCACUUUGGAUCARUCSGAGCAUUCAUCACAAAAAUUGUACAAUCAUAUUCGUACCUUGACCAGUGAAAGAGACAAAUUGUUGAAUCAAUGGAUGUCAGAUUUGGGCCAAGAAAUUCCACUUAAUAGUCCGAGUAGUUCGGCGGUGGAAGUAGUCGAGUCGAAUCAUUUGGCUGUUGAAUUAGCUGAUUGGAAGGCGAGGCUGAGGAAACAGCGUCAAGAGUUGGAAGAAAAGACCGAAUUAUUGGCAGAAUGUCGGGAAGAACUCGAACAUGCAACCGCUUUAGUGUCAAAAUUAAAAACCGAGAACAGCGACUUGAUGGUGGAAGCGAGACGCGCCAAAGUCUACCAAGACGAAAUGGAUGCGAUGCGCGAGCGAGUCGAGCGAGCUGAUCGUCUAGAAUCGGAAAUUCAACGUUACCGUGAAAGACUGGCCGAUGCUGAAUUCUAUAAAGUUCGCGUUGAUGAACUACGAGAGGAUAAUCGAGUUCUUUUAGAAACACGAGAAAUGUUGGAAACACAACUCGCCAGAGCGAGGCAACGAGCUGAACACGUUCUAGAACUCGAAGCCGAACUCAUGGCUAGUAAACAAAAUUUCAACGAAAUUUUACUCGAAAGAGACGCCGCCAAAGAAAAAAUCCAAGAACUCAUCGACGAAAACCUCCAAUUGCAACAAGUAACAAAAGCCGCGUUGCAAGAAACGAGUACUUUGAACGCUGCUGAUUUGGAACAUGACGAAACGAAUUCUGGUGAUAAUAGUUUAUCGGAACAACUCACAAACAACGCUCAAGCACGUGCCUUGAAACUCGAAUUGGAAAAUAAAAAGUUAUUAUCAACGAUUGAUUCGCUCAAAGAACGAAGUUUCCACGAAAAUGCAAACAAACUACUCGAUCUGGAAAAGGAGAAGAAGAAACUUAUUCUAAAAUGUGACCAACUACAGGAGAAUUGUGACCGAUUGACACAACAGAACGAAGAACUUGAGAAUUUAUUCAAAAACGCCAUGCAAGAAAAUCGAAAAUUGCAAGAUAACAUCGAUACGAUUAAAGUCUUGUCUGAGAGACACGUUCAAGAUUUGCAAAAUGAACGCGGGAAAGUUUCCGAACUUGAGAAAAAUAUUGAGUCGUUAACGAAGGAAAAACAAAGGGUUCAAGUGUUGUGUGAUACGAUUAAGAAGAGAGCAGACAAUGCGGAAAAAUCCUUGGGACAAAUAUCGGAUCAGUUACAAAAUACACAAACACAAGUGCAACAGUUGGCACAACUGGAGCAACUUUCGAACGAACAGAAAGACAAAAUCGUGGCAUUGGAAAAAGAAAAUGCUAAUGUACAGAAAGAUGUGAUUAAAUUUAAAGAAUUGCUCGAGACCAAAGAUGUGAAACUAGACGAAGCUGUAGUAGAAUCGAAAAAACAAGAGAAAGACUUACAAAAACUGACGAAAGAAAUCGAAAAUCUCCGUUCCCAGCUUGAAAAAUUGCAAGAAUUCGAACAGAAAGCACAAGAACUGUCAUCGCAAACUUCCGUAUUUGAGGAAACAAUUUCAACAUUACAGAAAGAUUUGAUCAACGAAAAAGUGAACAACGAAAAAUGUAAAAGCAACUUGGAGAAAAUUUCCCUCAAUUUGGAUAUUUUAGAUAGUGAUAUUGACACGAUCGUUAGUCACAUGUUGAAUAAUGCGAAAAUAAAAAAAAUACUUUGUUCGGAAAAUCGUCAGAACGACGAAAACGACGGAAAUAAACAAGACGAAAACGUUGUUGCCGAAUGCGAAAAACUCAAAACCGAAAUACUCAAUUUUCAGAAUUUUAACGAAGCUUUACAAGCGGAAAAUGCAAAAUUGCAGGUCGAUAUUGCAACAUUGAAAUCGCAAGUGCAUUCGUUGCAAACGCAACAGACCGCUUUGCAGUUGGCCAAUAGCCAACUAGUGGCGGAAAAAGACGAGUUGUCCAAACAGCAAAAAAUCCAAAAUACUCAACACGACACUCUACUCCUGGAUCAGAUUACUCUUCGUUCAUUGCACGAACAAUUGACCACCGAAUACGAACAGUUGAAAGCUGAACAAGAAUUGUUGAAAAAACUCAACCGGGAUCUCAGAUCUGAAGUGCGCACUUUGAAAGAGACAAAUUCGGGUCAGAAAGAGCGAAUUUCCGCUCUAGAAGUCGAAAAAGAGUCGUUGAAAAACGGCGCGAAGAGUUUAGGAGUGCUGCGAGCAGAACAUUCGAAAUUAAAGGAUGAUUUUCGGAAUUUAUUUACGGCGAGUGAACGACUGAAAGUCGAGUAUAGGAACGUUCAGGAGGAAUUGAAAAAUGUUAGGACUGAAUCGAGAACGUUACGUUUGGGACAGACUGAAAUGCAAGGGGAAUUGAAUUCGACAUCCGAUCUUGUAGCAGGACUACAAUUGGAAAAUGCCAAGUUGCAACAGAAAUGUGAUGUAAGUGAUUUUUUGUUUUCUGUGACUGAGACUAAUACUUACGUAUUUAAAAAAUAGUUGACAAUUGUGUUU